GUAUUUAGUAGUAUAAAUAUGGAAACGACAAGCGUCAGCACAGUUAAACCCAAACGAAAAGAUAAAUCCGAAGACGCACAUGAGGAGAGGCAGAAGGAGGAGCAGAGGCCGGAUCCCAGUGGUGAACCACAGAGGAAGCUACUGCGUCUCGGCGAAACACUGGACAAACCUCUGGCCGCGCCGGAAUUACAUCUAAAUGCCGCCUAUCAGCAAAAGGAGCUAACGCAGUGGCUACAGUCGACAUGGGCGAAGGCGGACCAGACCGUCAAAGAGGAGAAAACCGGCGCACAAGUGUUUGGUGAUCCCUUCCAGAUCUGCCUGCUGCCAGGGCUGAUGGCAGAGGGCACUAGCAAAGCGCUAGUGUCUGAAAUUAUUGACAAAGUUACAUGGUCGCGCAAGCAGAUGGACCUGUACGAGUUCUACCAAAGCACAGAUCUGUCCAACAUGCCCCGAUGCCGGCUGCUAACAAAUUUCCUGCAAGUGUUGCGGAAACAAGUUCGACCUUGGCUGGAGAAGGUUACGAACUUGAAGCUGGACUACGUAUCUGCCUCCUGCAGCAUGUACACCUGCGGCGACUAUUUGCUGGUGCAUGACGACCUGCUCAAGGACCGACAAAUAGCCUUCAUCUAUUAUCUGUCGCCCUGGAAGGGUGCGGAGGAGUGGAGCGAGACGCAAGGCGGCAGUCUGGAGAUCUUCUCCAGCGAUGACCAGUGCUUUCCCCAGUUCCCAGUGCACCGUAAAAUUGCCCCCAAAGAUAACCAGUUCGCAUUCUUCAAAGUCGGGUCGCGCUCCUUUCAUCAGGUCGGCGAGGUGACCACAUUCGACUACCCGCGUCUCACCAUAAACGGCUGGUUUCACGGCGAAACUAACGAGGCGUUCGUGCCGGACUCCAUGCGCGCUUUUCCCCGUCUGAGCUACCUUCAGCCGGAUAGCUUGAACAAGCCCCCGUUAGGGCUUCUGCUUAAUAAUGUCUACCUGAAGACGGCCACGCGACGCAGCAUCCAAAAGCGUAUAGAGGAGAACUCGGAAAUCUGCCUUUACGAAUUCUUCAAACGCGAAAAGUUCGAGCUGGCUCGGGCGCAACUCUUAAGCGAUGACGAGACGCUGGUCUGGCGGCGGCAGGGCCCGGCCAAUGCGCACAACUACGAAGUCAUGGACCUGAGCACAGCCAGGGGAACGAUCCAGGAGCUACUGCAGCUGUUCCGCAGCAACGCCAUGUUCGACCUGCUACGUGACUUCACCGAUCUGGACCUGAGUGGCGCCGAUGCUGUGAGGCCCAAAUGCAGCGUGGAGCUGCAACGGUGGUCGCACGGGAACUACACUGUCCUAGGCGACGGCCUGGUGAGCGAGGAGAAUACCCUCGACCUGGUCUACUACCUGAAUGCGGCGGAAGGAGCUGCAGUUAUCACAUACCUCUCACCCGACGGAGAGCUCCCCAAUGAGAAGGAAAAGACGGGCUCCGAUGACGAAGAGGACGAUUCUGUUCUGCUCACCAUAUCGCCCGUGGACAACGCCCUGAAUAUUGUCUACCGCUGCGAGGGCACUACCAAGUUUACCAAAUACGUGUCGCGCAAUACGCCCUUGGAGAAGGGACCCGUUUUUGUAAUUUCCUGCAGUUACAAGGAGUAGUAGUCAAUGCUGCUCGCGCACAAUCUUCUGGGACUAUAUACAUUCGUAGCGGUCUAAUGUACAGAACUAAUUUACCGAAUAAAUGAAGUAGAAAAACCUAAA